ACCCCCAACCUGACAUGCUCAGCAGGUUGCUGUUUGGCAUGUUAGUGACGCCACCAGCACUAGGAAAGCAGCUUUCUCACCCAGUGCGCUUAUUGAGAAGAUUAUUAAAACCUUUUCAUUUAAAAAUAUUUGGCAUAAGCUUCUGCCUAAGUUGGGAGGACACUCUUGCAUGCAUCUGGUUCCAACAGAGAAAGGAGAAUUUAACAGGGCAAAAACUCAAGCAAAACCCCACCGACUUUCCUCAUGUCUGCCAAAAAGGGUCUUGAAAGAGCUUGUCUUGUGAGUGAGAGGGACACCAAGAAGUACUCCUUGGCUCUGAACAGGAUGAGCCGACAUCAGAAGAAUUUAAAUGAACUGAGGCAGCAGCAGGAAGUAGAAGAUACUGAAGCUAAUCCAGCGUAUCACUGUCACGGCUACUCAGAGGCCUACGAGGACAGAAAAAGGGAGCAGCAUCAAGCCAGGAGGAAGCUCUGCGUAGCUUCAGUAAUCUGCAUCUUCUUCAUGACUGCUGAGAUUACAGGGGAGUAUUUUUGUGGGCAGAUCGCCGGGAGCCUGGCGGUGAUCACUGAUGCGGCGCACAUCCUGGUGGACCUGACCAGCUUCCUGAUCAGCCUUUUCUCACUGUGGCUUGCCUCCAAACCUCCCACCAAGCAGCUCACUUUUGGAUGGCACCGAGCAGAAAUUCUUGGAGCUUUGAUAUCUAUGAUAAUAAUUUGGAUGGUGACUGGUGUGUUGACGUAUUUGGCCAGCAUGAGGCUGCUACACCCUGAUUAUGAUAUUGAUGCUACAGUGAUGCUCAUUACCUCUGCUUGCGCCGUGCUUGCCAACAUCCUACUAAGCCUGAUUCUGCACCAGACCGGCCAUGGGCACAGCCAUGGGGCACAAGCCAGGGAACAUGUGAUGGCCCCUCUGGAAAAGGCAGCUCUGAGCAAUGCCAGUCUGCGGGCAGCCUUUGUGCACGCCAUCGGAGAUCUGUUCCAGAGUAUUAGUGUGCUAAUUAGCGCUCUUAUCAUCUUCUUUAAGCCAGAAUACAAAAUAGCUGACCCAAUCUGCACAUUUGUGUUUUCCAUCUUUGUUUUGGCAACCACCAUCACCAUUUUAAGGGAUAUUUUGAUUGUGUUAAUGGAAGGAACAUCAAAAGGAUUUGCUUAUGAUGCAGUGAAAGCAAGAAUUUUAGCAGUUGAGAAGGUGGAGUCUGUUCACAACCUUCAUCUUUGGUCUCUGACAAUGAAUCAAACUAUUCUAUCUGCUCAUGUUGCCACAGCUAACACAGCGGACAGCCAGAAGAUUUUAAGAGACGUUACUCAAGCCCUGUUUGAGCACUACAGCUUCCACUCCAUCACCAUUCAGAUGGAAUCUGGAGAGGAUCAGAAACAAGACUGUGUCUUCUGCCAAGAACCUAGGGAUUAAAGGGAGCAGUUUGCUGUGCCAAAUAACAAUCACCCCUCUUACAGGUCAAUGGAGACUGUACGAGUUGGUUGCAUGUAAUUGAUUAACAACAAAUGGUAAUUAACUGAACUAAAAGGCCUUGCCCCUGCGAGCAGUGCAUGGACCUUUAUUUGUUGGAACUAUCUACCAGGAAAGAACACAUAUUAGGCCCAUCCAUUAGCUAGAUUACCUGUCCAUCAACAGUUACUUUCAAUUACAAGAGAAAGUAUCAAAUUAUUCUUGACUAGAGCAGCAGAUUGGCACUAAAGCAACAUUUAAGAGUGCCUGUUUGUAAUCACAGGUAACAAAAAACUAAUCAACCUUCAAAUUACCAGCAGACCAAUUAUCACAAAAUGUAAUGAAAUGUAAGUUAGUUGUUAGCAAAGCUCAACAUUUACUCAGGAUAAAAGAAAAUUUAAAUUAGCACAAGGGAUGAAGGGAUCUGGGAAAGAAAGAGAUGGUGGCCUGUGCUUUCCCUGCCUUUUGGCAGACACUCCUCCUCCUGCAUAUUAAAGGAAAUAUCCAAUGUGCACCAUAUUCUGCUGUGUGAAUCACAAAAGGGUUCACAUUUGGCAAGUAGGUCUUUGGUUUUUAGCUAGCCCCAUGUGUUUUUCAGCUAGCCCUCAGCCAAACCCUUUUCUACCACACACGGGCAGUAUUCUCCACUAUCAAGACAACCCAUAAAUCAUACCACACUGCAUGAUAAGUUGUGAUGGAACAUUUGUAGUGGAUUUUGGGUCUCUGUGUCACAAAGUACCACUGGGUCUUGACAAAAUAGAUCAGAUACUCCUAGAAAAGGAAAAAAAACCCAAACCAAAACAAAACAAAAAACCCCACACAAACAAACAACAACAAAAAAAACCCCCACACAAACACACAAAACAAACAAACAAAAAACACAAACACAAAACAAACAAAAAAAAAAACAAAACAAAAACAAAAAACACAAAACAAAACAAAACAAAAACAAAAUAGGACAAGGAAAGACUGUGGGCCAUUGUGGACAUCACAUCAUCACAUCUAGUGUCCUUUGUAGUAUGGCUUGUGGACUGUAACCCAGUAAUGCUACGUCCCUGGAGUUAUAUCAGAUAGUUAAAAAACCCCUUGGCAUAUCACACAGUCAUUCACUGUACAGGGAAGAGACAUGCCUCUCCUUCAGCCAGCUAAUUCCCAGAUUCAUUAAUAGGAUGAUUUAAAUCUUCCUCUUCUGCAUACCUGGCAAUGGUUACUGCAGAACUGGGAACAAAGAGUCAGGCCUUGCUGCAGUGCCUCUAUUUUUGCCCAACCAACAGAAUUAAACUCUCACCUGUUCACAAAACCAAGGGUUGCACUUCAAAAUGUGUGCUUGACUGCUUCUGCACAAAACAGCUUCAGUUCUGCCCUUGGCCAUAAUAGUGCAGCUUCACUUUCCAUGCAGAACUAGAUGUAAUGUUUUCCCACUCCACUCUCCCCACUCCCACAGCUGUAGGGCAUAUUUUAUUAACAGGUUUGUUAGAACAGAAUAAAGUAUGUGAUACCGAGCGGUACUGAGUUUCUAGGCUGACAGCUGGAAAGAGCAUUGUGUUAUUAGGGUUAUAAAGAGGCCUUGCUUUUUAGGGAAUUCAGUUUUAUUUGCAAUAGGUUCACAUUAGUUUUCUACUUUAUCAUCCUAAGGAGAUUAGAAUUUAUUAUUAUAUUAGGGGCUUUUGGCUAUGGAUAAUACAUAACUAUGCGAUGAUAGAUUGAUGUAUUAAGCUGGCAUUUGUUACCUGGUAGGGGGAACAAGAAAUUAUUUUGCCUUGUGAAGGCAUCCCAGAAGAUCUUAGUCAGGCAAACCUCCCACUGAAAUCAGAUAAGGUAUUAAAACACAACACCCGCUAAGAAUUUCAUGAGUAUCUCAUUAUUUACUGGCUUGAAAGAACUGAGAACAUAGCAGUGGUGUUCAGUACAGUGAUAAACACAAUUCUUGCCCUUUACAGCAGAAACUCCAGAAGACAAGACACCAAUAAAUCAAAGCACUGUAAGAAACCCUAAAUGAAGAAAUAAACUUGCAUUUUGGCCAGUUUCUCUGAUGGUAUAAUUUAGCACAGUUGCACCCUACCAGAAGCAAUUCAGCUGUACUUGUUAGGUAACCUGAGCAUCCUUUUCAUUAGUUAGAGAGGACAAAUUGAUAGUGUGGCCCUCAUAUGAAAAAAAGUGUUUCAAAAUGUUUUGAAUGAGGACACAGACCUGGGAAUAGGGAAUUUUGGGGGACAGUUUUAUGGUGAAGGACAAUUUAAAAGAUAAUGAGUGGGUAACAGAAACAUCCAUAUAGAACACAGAUUCAGUUCCGAGAUUUAGGCUGAGGUGAAGAUAAAGACCAGAAAUUUGAGAGUAAAUAUUGAUCGUGGAAGAAAUUUAAACAGAUAAGUGACAUGGUCCACCAAGAAAUCUAUGCUGAGUAGCAGAGUGUGAAAAAGCUGGAUGGAAAGAACAACACAAGAGCGGAUGGAAAAAAGAAGAUUCAGCAACUGUGACCAGGACUGAUAAGGCUGUUGUCCAAAUGAAUUGAAAGGAUGGGGAAGUCUUUCGUUCCAUUUUGGAGAAAGGAACAGUGAAAUAUAGAGAUGUGAGAAAAGAAGGAGUGAAUCCAAAAUAAUGUUUCUUAAUAAAAGGGAGGGAGGGAAUGUUGUAAAGAAAAGAAGAUUUAAGAAGGAAGUGGGGUAGCAGCUGCCAUCCACCGUAAUCCCAAUGAUCCACGAGACCCUCAGAAAAGUAUCUUGGGUAUGUAACCAGUAGAGGUCAGAGCAGGAAUGAGGAGGAAGGGGAGAAGUUUGGGUUUGUUAGAAGCAGUAGACCUUGUAUUUCAGGUGAAAGAAUUUAACCAUGUAUCUUUAGCAAAAUCUAGAGACCGUGCAGGUGUCUCUACUUUCUGUCAUGGAAUUUACUCUAGCAGGCCACUUUAGCAAAAACACUGCAAUGGCUUAUGAAAACCUAAGGGAAUUUUGCCUAAAUAAGAUAGAUUGAAGAUUAAUUUAGAGCAAAUAUUUACCUGCAGUUACAAAUAUUGCUAUAAGGAGCUGAAUCUUUAAUGUUUCCACAAUGUAUAUGAAUAUAAAAUGUAUAUUUGUUUUUAAUCCCCAUCUAGUCUGAUUUUCAGGGAUAUUAUCUUGGUAUGAAGUUGUUUUCAGAACACUGUCUGACUGGCUGGUGAGGAUUUCUGCAGAAAUGAUACUGCGAUAUACAGAGGCCAGAGCUGAGAAACUUCUAGAACUCUCCGUAUUUAUUAACUUUACAUCCUUUUGAUUUUUUGCAGAAUAACUAUAAGAAAAUUGACAAAAAAUUACUAUCUCUAAAUCACUCUUGAAACUACUGUGAAAGAGAAAAAUAUUUGUCACAUAAGUGGUCUGUUUUCCAUGUCUGACCUGUUUUCCACAUCUGACCAAUUUUCGCUGGAGUUCAGUUCACGUGGGUUUACUGGCUAACACUGGAAUUUUAUGUACAUAAGUAUAUUCAUCUUCCUCUAAAUUUUAAUGUAGCCAUUUUUCAGCUUGUAAAUUAUAUAGUUCUCCAUUUCCCAAAAAGCACUCUCUCUUUUUCACUUUCCACACAAAAUCUAACACAUUGAUCAGAGUAUGAGAAUAAGGAGUUUGUAGAAGCUCAAGACCUUUGGAGUAGAAACCAUGAAACAGGAAAAUGCAAAGCCAGACUUUCCUCAUUCAGCACUAAGAGCCUAAGUGCCGAUAUUAGGCUGAGAUGACCAUCAAACAAUGACAGAAAUAUUUAUAAUUAUUCAAACUAGAAACAGUUAAGGCACAAAUAUGUCAUUACAUCAACAGAAUAAUCCCUCAAUGUAACUACAGUUGUAGACAUCAUCCUAUGUUCUCCUGUCUGAAAUGGGAAGUGAUUAUGAGAAUGAGGAUUAUAUUACCUGCUUACUGUGAGACAUCAGGACAGUAAUUCAGCAUCUCCAGAGGAAGGCCAAGCAAGAUGUCCCAGUCCUGUCCAUGGCAGCAAACGGUAGCCUAAGCAACAAGGACUGUGUAGGCCUACAAUAUCAUUUUUAACAGGGUCAUGAGGUUGUAUCAAACAAUUUUGGCUCUGUUUUCUCCUCUGUUGUAAAAGCUAGCUUCCUCAGUGCCUUUCCCUCAGCUGUAGCUUUUUCAUCCCCUUUGGCUAUUUUCCCCUUCUAGUCUCUGCUCUCCUAUUUUUCCCCACUUGUCUUUUUUUCAGUAAUGCCUCAACUGGCUGCCUAUUCAAAUUUCAAUGCCAGCAUGAUAUUUAUCACAUAUCCUUUCUGCUAACAGCCCUUCCCAUUCUCCUUCAGCCUGGGUGGUUAGAUAAAAGCUCCUCAGAAAUAAACUGCCUUUUGCUCCAUGUUUGUUGAAAACAUGGUAUAAUGAACCAUCUUUUUCAUUUGACUCUACAAUAAAGACAGGGACUUAACAAAAAAAAACCCAGCCAUUCCAAACAUCACAUAUUGGCCCAUGUCAAGCACUACUAUAUAUUUACUUUGUAUUAAAGUUAUUUAGAACUUUCACAGCCAAAAAAUCAUCUGAGCUAGCUCCAGCUUAAGGUACUCUUUCAUGUUCUCAAGCCUGCUGAUAAUCUCUUUCAGCUAAGAAAAAUAAAAUCCUUUCCCACCUGAGUAUACACAGUUUAAGCAAGCAAGGAAUUAGAGACAUCCAGUUGCUUAACUGCCUCCUUUGACUUCUCUCUGCUUGGACUUAGCGUCAGACCGUCAGUGUCCAGCAGGAAUGCACCGCAGAGGAGCAGCCCACUGCUUUGGGGAGCAGCCCAACCAGAACAGUGGCUGGAAUGGAAGCACAACAGAGGGUUUUUUCACAUGGUUACUGGUGCACGUUCAGAAUUUUCCAUCCCAGUUUUUAUGUUGAUGAGAAACAUGUCUGCUUUUCACUAAAAUCUUGGGGUUUGACUUUUAAUUUAAAAAAAAAAAAAAAGGAUGAAAAUAAAUGAAUGAAUAGAAGUUAGAAAUUUUGCAUUGUGAAAUAUUUCUGGUGGCAUCAGAAGCCUUUUACCCCAUGGCUUGCACUCUCCUCUGACAGCAGGGCUCACUACCUGCCUCAUGCUCUGCCAUGAGGUGCUGCCUCUCUUUACCACACACCAGAGAAGCUGCCAUGACAUGCAAUGUAAGGUGUCCUGCUGUGACAGAUGCCAUAUGACUGGUUGCACGCUAUAGCUAUGAGCUUCUCAGCUAUGGGGACUCCUCCUGAAUUGCACGGGCAGACUGAUCAUCCAGCUUUCAGUGAAGCACUUAUUUUUUCCUGCUGUGUAGUUGCAUUACAUACUAAUUUGCUUAUUGGAGACUGAAGCUGACUGGAGCAGUUUGUGGAGCUUCUGUCUAAAAGAGAAAGAGCAGGAAUUCAUUAAUCAUGGCACAACUUGCUAGUCCACAGGAAGGCACAAGGCACUCUGGGCUAGCUCCUGGACUAGGCAAUAAUUCUGAUGUCAAACCGCUUGGAACUGGUGCGCUUCCCAGCAGCAGUGUUCAACCUGGAUCUUUAACUUUUGGCUCCUGCCCUGCUUUCUCAUUUGCUGACAGACAAUUGAUAGAAAUGCUUUGAAGGAUGUUCUAUGCUUUGAAGGAUGUGAUGCACUUUGAAGGAACAGCAGAAACUUAGCUUAUGAGGACAUCACAUCUAGCCCUCCUCUGCCAUAGAGACGCUUUUGCAAAAGCAGAUCCUUUGUAGGAAGCAAGAAAAGAAUGAUAAAGACAUAAAUGGGAAAUCCUGUGGGUUUCAAUGCUAUUGCAGUGCCAAGCACUUGGGAAAUGGCUGGGAACAAGCUGAAGAGCGGUACGCUGCCUGCAAAGGGGUGCCUUCCCCCUCAAUAUGCAUGAGCAGCAGUGACAAUUCUGCAGGAGUGCCAAUGGGAGAGGAGCAGGAAUGUGAAAUGAAAUUUAACAGCUCCCUCUGCCCUUUAAACUACACUUCCAGAAUUAAAUGCAGAAUCAGGGAUCAUAAAAAAAAUGUUCUCUUAAAAAGAAUAGAGUUUUGACAUUCUCUGAGUACUUUCUUCACUGUGAGUGUUCUUAAGAAUCGAUCAGGCACACUCAUUUCUACUGUGUAUUAGCAGAAAAUAGUUGGUCGUCCAUUAGUCCGCCACUGAGUUUCAAUUGAAAAGAUAUGACUGAAAGCUGGUAUUAGCUGUGACAGAGAGGCUUAAGAACCAUGUAGGCUUCAAUAUUGUAUAAAAGAUGUGAGUCAAUAAGGCUUUUCAACAGUAGUUUAAUGUCAUUAAUAUGUAUUCUCCUAGCACACAAAGUUUGUAGCAGGCACAGCUCAGGUUCCUAUGGAAAAGGGUGGUCUGUUCUACCUGGACUGGGCAGAACAGGGACCAGAGAGGGAAAAUUAUGUGGAAAGUCAGGGUGAUUUUGCUAAAGUCACAUCUGAGGUCCACCGUGAAGGCUGUUAGGAAAACCAGCUUUCUCUGUGCGUGCUCUAAUGCCCUGCCCAGGAACAACAGACACACAAUCAUAUACCCAUUAGCACUUACCUGUACAGACUGGGUUGCAUUGAACAGUUUCUUUAAUAUUAUGGGAAAGAAGACAGGAAAAUCAGAAAGGAUACACCCUUAAUAAUAAUAAUAAAAAAAAAAAAGACAUCAAACACAAGACACGUGGAGAAAAAAAAAGAAAAAGCCUCUUAUAAAGCUGCUACUAGAAGUGUGUAUUGGACAACAUGACCUUAAUUGCCCUGAAACUCUAUUUUUUAGUGACAUGUCCACUUAAGCAGACUGACUUUGAGGACAACCAAAGGUGUGCCUUUUUGCCUUGGGGGAGAAAGUAGUCUAACAGGAGAAGAGAUUUACCGUCCAUGAUCCCUGUGUUACAUCUCCGAUACAAUGUCCAAGCAAACGAGUAAGCCUGCAUAGAGACAACAUGUCUAGUCAGGGAGACAGAGAGGAAUGAACAUGGUAUUUGUCUUCAUCCAAACGAUAUAAAAAACAUGUUAUAUUAUCAUGGUUAUGUCCCUUCCCUUCUCUAGCAAAAAAAAUGUCGAAGACCUACCCAGCCAGGCACAUAUUCUGAGCCUGGGCUGCAAAUAUUAGCCACUUUUUUGACUACAAACAAGAAAAAUGAAGCUUUCUUUUUAUGAUUCACUAAAUGGUGAGAGGACACACCCUGUCAUGGAACAAUAAAUUCAAGCUUAAAUCCCGAGGCUGGAAAGAAAGAUUUUAUCUUUCCUGAUGUAAUUCUUCAAGUAACUUUUAAAUUUCCCCAGAGUAUUUUAAGGCUCAGCUAACACAGUGUUAUUCCAUACAAUAUUUGCCUGUAGAAUACUAUAUUUUGUUUCAUAUUUUCACUUCUGUAAUUCCAAUUCUUCUGUAACACAGAAAAACCUUUUAAUCAGGCCUGGCUUAUAGUAACGGAGGUGAAUCCCCGCUGACCAACUUGGCGUAAAUCCCCAUGUUCCCUGCAAGAGAGGAGUGCAUGAAAAAGAAAUAUUCCCACCAUUUUUGGACAAGGGCAUAGAGGAAAUUAGUCCUGGCUUUCCAGAUCCUGUCUUCGCAAACAUCACUCAUGGCCCAAGUCUCAUGUCUCUAAUGUCACUGCAUCCCUGAGGAGCUCACCUGUAGCUAGUCAUUAGCUGUGGGCUCAUCAGGUGUCUGUACUUUGGGCCUCAAAUCCCCAGGAGGGGUGUGUUUCCCUGUUAGUGGUUGUACAGUUGGGAAAUCCUGAGAGCACAGCAGCUUUUAUUCCUCCUUGUCACCCCUCUCCUUUUGUGGUUAUCCUGCUUGGAAACUACCUGAGCAUCAGCCAUGGGAUGAGGUUUCAGCUCUUUGGAAAGCCUCCACCGGCACCUGGUAAGGAUUCUCUCUCGUGAAGAUGUCAUUUACAGUGAACACCAGGGAUCAAAUAUGUUCUGCAUAGCCACUGCACAGCAUCUCAUUUACAGCCUUCCUUUCUCCAAAACAGGGUUAAUUGAACAAUGAAGCACUGAUGAAAACACUUUUUAAAAAAAUCAGUGGAAUUAUUAACUACUAAAAACUGGCAAAGCACUAGGAAGCUUCUUUGAUUAUUUUUCAAUUUAUGUAACAAAACAUUAUUGAGAGGAAAGAAUAUAAUCAAUACUGAGUAUCAUUAUAGCUAGCUGUGCAGCAAUUUAAUGCUAGAAAUGGAUUAAGGUGACAAGAAAAGUCAAUGCAGUCUUAAAUUAAAGGUGAGGAAAGUCAAUGAAAAGUCAAAGCUGGUUAGGAGUCCAUCAAGUAAUAGAAACUAAAGCUCUGGUAAGUACAAAGUGCCUCAGUAACCUUACCGUAUCACCAUAGCUCUAUGUUUUACAUGUUCUUUCAGAAGAGUAACUGGGUAUAUAUUUGUUCUCAGUUUGAACAAUUAAACUGUUUGAAUUCAUUGGGUUAUUUCAAAGAGGAUUUGCGAAAGGAAAGAAAUCUGUUAUCUUUUUUUGUUUAGCAAAUAAAAAGGUGGAGUUUUCCCUCUGGGUUUUAUUUUUACUUUAGAAAAGUCUUUAUUUAUUUUUUUUUUUUUUUUUCCCUGAAAGAAUCUACAAAUUAAACUCACUGGAGAAUAAACAGGAUUAUAACAUUACUAGUACCACAGGAGGCACCUUCAGUUAAAUAAGGGAGAGAUUUUUUUACUUGCAGUUUUUGCUUAAAUUGGGGCUUUGUUUUGUUGUAUUAAAACAUACAAUACAGAGAAAUGUCCUCUGCAUUCCGGCAACACCUCUGCCUUUAAUUCUCUGGAGGUUUAUAAACCCUCUGAUAAACUGAGAAAGUACAAUCUAGUCUUGCUUUUAUUUUUCGAACCAAAAGUAACC